AUGGAAGGUCAAGUUAUCCGUACUCAUCAUGAGGGAAUGUGUCACUUGGGGGUUGAAAAAUGCUUUGAACUUUUAUCCGGAAGUUACUGGUUCCCUAAUAUGAAGACAAAAGUUAAAGACUAUAUUAAAACUUGCCUGAAGUGCAUCUACUUUUCUCCGGAAUCCGGUAAAACUCGAGGUAUAUUGCACUCAAUACCGAAGGGUAACAUGCCUUUUCAUACUUUGCAUAUAGACCAUCUCGGUCCUUUGUCAACUGGAAGCAAGAAACAUCUGUUUUGUGUUAUUGAUGGGUUCACAAAGUUUGUAAAACUUUACCCAGUAAAGACCACGAACACAAAAGAAGCCGCAACAUGCCUUCAAUCUUAUUUUGAAAAUUAUUCUCGACCAAUUCGAAUUAUAUCCGAUCGUGGAUCUUGCUUUACGUCUAAAGAAUAG